AAACAAUGUGUUACAAACCUCUCCUGGAAUGGUCCUAUGCAGUGGCUUACCUUCACCUUCUAACCCUCUAAGUGCUGCUUCUAGGGAUGCCCAGAGAUAUAGUAUGCCUAGAUCUGUUUCUUUACCCGUUGAUGAACAGCAAAGGAUGCGAUACACUCAAAUGCUUUCUGGUAGAAAUGUUCAGCAAUCUGGUUUGCCUGUUCCUGGAAACUUACCUGUGGAUCGAGGUGUACGUAUGUUACCGGGUACUAGUGCGAUGGGGAUGAUGUGUGGGAUGAACUGGGGAAUGCCCUCCAUGCCUAGAGCAGGGUUUCAAGGAAUAAAUUCCCCAGGGAUGCUUAACAUGGUGCCUACUAGUGCGAUGCUUUUAGGAAAUGGUGUUACAAAUCCUGUCACUGCUCACCAAGGGAACUCAAUGUUGAGGCCUCAUGAUACUAUGCAUAUGCUUCGGCCUGGUUAAACUACUGAGGAACAUAGGCAGAUGACGCAAGAACUGCAAAUGCAGGUUUCUCAGGGGAGUGGUCCGGCUGUCGGCACUUUCAAUGGUAUGAGUGGCCCUUUCUCUAAUGCAUCUGUCUCUC